UCAAAAAAAGAGAAUGGCUCGAAAAGUAAAAUCCUUUCCCUAAAAAACGACGUUGUUUCACGGGAUCAUAAAUGCCACCGUAUGGAAGGUGCAAGUGCAACUGGACAACUCGUCUUGGUCUCCGAAACAAACAGAACUGAGAAGUCGGAGCUCCUAUUGACCAGAGAGGAAAGCUCCUGUCUAUCUACUAUAAUCAAAUGUCUUACUCUCAGAAGAUUGGGUUUCUAGUUCCUCUUAAACUCAAUUUAGAAGAAGACACUUCAAUUCCAAAAAUAUCUCUCUCCGAAGGCCCUAACGCCAUAGGCCGCAGCCACGUGUCCGUCUCCGAUAAAAGACUCAGCCGCAACCACCUCUCUUUAACCACGUCCGUCGAUGGCUCUGCCUUUUUAACUCCCGAAGGUACCAAUCCGGUUGUCAUUAAAUCCGGUGAUCAGAGAAAGAAGUUGAGUCCUGGAGAGAAAGCGUCGAUAAACAGCGGCGACGUUAUAGAGUUAAUACCUGGUCACCAUUUCUUCAAAUACGAGGUUUUGUCUAAUCACAAUAUUAAUCCUAGCUCAUCUUCUCCUAAUACACCAAAGAGACAUUCUAACAAUGAAAGCGAUCAACCUACUCGGAAGAAGGCACGUCAUGUUGCUAGCAGCAGCUCAAAGGGUGAGGGAGAAUGUAAUGGAGCUAAAAAUAGUGAGGAGGCAAUUGGUAAAUUUAAUGUCAAUGAUGAUAAAUUGCCAUUAACAUUUCGGCUAAUGAAAGUGAAAGGAUUACCAGCUUGGGCUAAUACUUCUUGCGUUUCUAUAACUGAUGUAAUUCAGGGGGAUAUUGUUUUUGCUGUUCUUUCAAAUUACAUGGUGGAUAUUGAUUGGUUGAUGUCUGCAUGUCCAGCACUUGCAAAAGUACCUAACGUCUUGGUUCUUCAUGGGGAGGGCGAUGGUACACUUGAACAUAUGAAGAGAACCAAGCCUGCAAAUUGGAUUCUGCAUAAACCCCCACUGCCCAUUUCGUUUGGGACACACCAUUCUAAGGCCAUGCUUCUUGUCUAUCCACGAGGAAUGAGAAUCAUUGUACAUACUGCUAAUUUAAUAUAUGUCGACUGGAACAACAAAACCCAAGGCUUAUGGAUGCAAGAUUUUCCCUGGAAGGAUGAAAAGAGUCAAACCAAAGGAUGUGGAUUCGAAAAUGACUUGGUUGAUUAUCUUAAUACAUUGAAGUGGCCAGAAUUCACUGUUAAGUUACCAGCCCUUGGUAGCUUCACUAUCAACCCUUCCUUUUUCAAGAAGUUUGAUUAUAGCACUGCAGCGGUUAGGUUAAUUGCAUCUGUUCCUGGGUAUCAUACUGGGCCCAACCUGAAAAAGUGGGGACAUAUGAAAUUACGGAGUGUUCUCCAGGAAUGCACCUUCAGAAAGGAAUUUAAGAAUUCUCCUCUUGCAUAUCAGUUCUCUUCCCUUGGUUCGCUGGAUGCAAAGUGGAUGACUGAGCUGGCUACCUCAUUGUCAUCUGGACUCUCAGAAGAUAGAACACCUCUUGGUCUUGGCGAGCCUAGAAUAAUAUGGCCUACAGUGGAAGAUGUCAGAUGCUCUUUAGAGGGUUAUGCAGCUGGAAAUGCCAUCCCAAGUCCAUUGAAGAACGUGGAGAAAGAUAUUUUAAAGAAGUAUUGGUCAAAAUGGAAGGCUACACACAGUGGCCGCUGCCGUGCAAUGCCACAUAUAAAGACUUUCACUCGCUAUAAUGGUCAGAAACUUGCUUGGUUAUUGCUAACAUCAGCAAAUCUAAGCAAAGCAGCCUGGGGGGCUUUGCAAAAGAAUAAUUCUCAGUUGAUGAUUCGUUCCUAUGAGCUGGGGGUGCUCUUCUUACCAUCUUCCUAUAAAAAUCAUGGUUGUAGGCUUUCUUGUACAGACCAUGGAGCUAGAUCAGAGGAUGAAUAUGGAUUAUUAGCAGAUUCUGAAGAGCCGAAAACAGAACUAGUGACUUUGAUGUGGCAAGGACCUAAAGAUCCAUCAUCCCAAGUAAUUCCACUGCCUGUACCUUAUGAGCUGCCUCCUCAACCAUACUCUUCCGAAGGUGAAGAUGUUCCCUGGUCUUGGGACCGGCGAUACAGCAAGAAGGAUGUUUAUGGUCAAGUUUGGCCUAGGCUUGUACAGCUUUAUACUUCUCUGGAUUCUUGACUUUUGACUUUUGUUUAUUUGUAUUUUCGACGUUUAAGUAGUGUCUUCCUUCUCAAAAUGGAGGAAUUAAGUUGAGAAAUGCUUCCACAGGCAGGUAUUAUGCUAGGAACAAAUUAAUCAAUAAUGUUCUCCAUUGUUGAUUGUA